CGUUUUCUCAGCCAUGUGUGGUGGAGCAUGGGUCAGGUUGGUGUAUAAUCUGUUAAGACUUGAGAAAGCCUGAGACUCCCAGCACAUUCACUUGUGCUUGUUCCUCUUUAGCUUAUAACCAUUCUGGGUUCUUCAUCUACCCCUGUAGUCUCAUUCUUUAUGUGGACUGUUCCUUCCCACUUUGUAUGGUGAUUGAACUCAACCGCAGGUAUGAGGGAGGAGGAUAUCCAUGUACCAGGGACCAGAACAGGCUGUUCAGGUGCCUGUUUUCACAGAGAUAUAAACAAGAAUUUGUUUCCAAUAAAAUAUCUGGUGCUUCACCUCCUAAGUUCUGUGGACUGUAACCUUCAAAGCCCUAAUGUAGGUUGGUGCUUGUUUCUUGGAAGAUGGAACAAGAAAGGUGUCCAGUAACUUGAUCAUAAAUACUUACCACCACCCUCUUGACUAUUUAUCAGAAUCUGCAUCAGUUAUUUUCAGUCUGCUUCAGCUCCUUCUGCCUCCAGUCUAAAGGAGUUUCUUGUGUACCUUCAAUAAACUUGUGUAACUUACCGUUUGAUUCCAGUCCUAAAUCCACUCUUUACUUGAAGCACAUGCCCUUUUUUUAAAGUUAAUUUUUAUUGUAGUAUAGUUGCUUUACAAUGUUGUGUUAUUAAUGUUGUGUAAUUAAUUUCUGCCAAGCAGCAAAGUGAAUCAACCAUCCAGAUGCAUGUUAUCCCCUUUUUUGGAUUUCCUCUCCAUUUAGGUCACCACAGUGCAUUAAGUAGAAUUCCCUGAAGCACAUGCCUUUUAAUAUUAACUGCAGCUAAUGUUCAGAUUCUUUCCCCAAACCUCUGAGGCACACAGUUAUGUAAGCCUCAUUUUAUGGAAGCAGCUUAUAGAGGUAAAUUGAAAGUUUGUAAGAGAUAAGGUUAUAAUGAUAAACCUUUUUUAACCCAAUUUUUUAUCAACUCAAAGUACCUUUAUAUAUGUAGAUAGGUAGUUUGGUGCUUAAGACUAAAUUAGUGCUACUGGAAUUUGAAUUCUAGCUCCCUGCCACUUUUUAGCCACUGAUUGCUAUAAAAUGAGUACUAACAUUGCUUUUUUAAAGUGUCUGUAAGGAUUAAAUCCAAAUAAAACAUCUGGAACAGUGUCUAGCAUGAGAUAAACUCAUUGUUAUUAAUAUUUUUAUUUAUUUUUUUUAUUUUUUAUUUUUUUAUUAAUAUUUUUAAAUGCAAGGAUGUUUUAUUUGUAUUCUGUGGGCCAAAUGCUUAAUUAUGAGAUGUAUGGGGUUUUGCCAGAGAAUUGGGCACAAUAUAGAAGGCAUUUGCCUACCUCUGUGUUUUUUUUUUUUUUUUAAAUCUACCCCUGUUUGUUUUUCUUGGUGUCAGGAGUGGGUGCCAAAAAGCUUCAAAUUAACUCCUCUUUAUCUGCAGAAUUCGGGGGGUUCUGGAAGCGGGCAUCACAGUUCAGUGUUGCCAGACACUUUCGGGUUGCUGCUUCACUCUUAUCUAGGUUUGGCCCCCGCGCCCGUCCCCACGCCCCCACGCCCCCAUCCCUCAACUUCCUGCGUGAUCGGGGGAGGCAAAGGAACCUAGAGGCUUGGGCAAUUCAAGCAAGGAACAGGGGAGGAGCUCGCUUAUCCAAGUCCCCGCAAAUGAUGAAACUUUGUUUCGGAGGAUUUGGCUCGGUUUUUCGCUGUCGCCCCCCAAAACGAAGGAUCGCUAAACUACGUGCUCUGUGUGACAUGGCGCAUGCACUGUGGAAGUGAUAGACAUGAUUCCGGAAGCACUGUUCGAAGGCGCCAAGUUUCAUAGCCACGAAGUUUGAAUCUGCCUGGUGAACACACUGAUAGUUGCUCGGGACCUUGCGCACCAUCCACUUGUCUGAGGAGAGCAACGAUUGACCAGGCCAGAGGCUGCAGAAGCAGGUGGCAGUUGAGGUGACAACAUCAGGAGCCCCCAUGUGCUUUGGACGUUCUGACUGACCUACAAAGAAUCUUGGUGGGGCAAGACAUGGACAAGCCCAAAGAAGGGGCUGGCAGUUUGAAGACCAAGGAUGAUAAAUGUUCCGUUAUUACUGUGGACUCAGGCAGUGAUGAAGAUCUUGACUGCUUUAUAACUGGAGUGAAAGUGAAGAAGGAGAACAUCAGGUGGGUAGGAGAAUUGGUGAAAGUUGACUUGUUUAAAGGAAUAAUGUUUGGCUACGUGGUGAUUGACUCAGGCUCUGAUGAUGACUGCCUCCCCGAGAAAAAGAGACCUAAGAUACAUGACAAAAGUAGCAAAGAUGAGAGUAAGAAACUGUCUGACACUAAUAAGCAGCUGACCAAUGAGUCUCCAAUACUUAUCACUGAUGAUGAUGAUGAUGAUGAUUUGGAGAACCCUGUGAUGAAAGAUGAUUCGUGUGAUCAGGACAAAAUUGUCAAAAAAGAGGAAAAAGAUGAUGAGUUUACUGUUACCCAGCACAAGUUAUCUUCUGUAGCUGGUAAGCAGAAUCUUCUGAAGAAUCGCCGCCAGCUGCCAACUGAUGAUCGUAAAGCUAAACCAGAGAUUUUAGAUACAAAGUUGUCAACUAAUGGAAAGCCUAUACCUGUGGUGGAACAACCAAGGAAAAGGAAAUAUAAAACCAAAAACAUAACUGUGCCACCUGCUGUUAAAGAACGAAAGAAGCGUAAGCCUUCAAAGAAGAAAUCCAAGACAGUGAAAUUUGAAAAAUCCAAGCGUGGGAAUUCUCAGUGCAAAAUACCUGGAUGUUUCUUUCAUGGCCUUGAAAACUUAAAGCAGUAUUCUGGAAAGAACUACAAACAAAAUAAGGAUGAACUGAUUCAGAAAAUCUACAGUCUGCUUAACAGCUCUGUCUUUGAUCAAAAGAUGCCGGAGAAAAUUGAGAUUGGCUGGAGUAAAAAGAUGCUGAGAAGUGCUGGCUUAUGCACCACUGGCAAGCUUCGAUACCCUAAGAGACAGCGUUAUGCUAAGAUUCAGAUUUCUCUGAAAGUCUGCGACUCUGCAGACCGACUCCGAGACACUUUGAUCCAUGAGGUAUGCCAUGCAGCCUCCUGGCUGCUCGAUGGCAUCCGUGAUUCUCAUGGUGACAUGUGGAGGUAUUAUGCCCGAAAAUCGAAUAUGGUGCACCCGGAGUUGCCCAAGGUCACCCGUUGCCAUAACUACAAGAUUAACUACAAGAUUUAUUACGAGUGUACUCAGUGCAAAUCCAGGGUCGGGCGCUACAGCAGAUCAUUGGAUACCACCCGCUUCAUCUGUGCCAAGUGCAAAGGCUCUCUGGUCUUGUUGCCACUAACUCGGAAGGAUGGAACCCCCAUUCAGCCCCAUGUGAGGCCAUUUGCCAAAUAUGUACAGGAGAAUUACAGAAAAGUCAAGAAGGAGACAGAAGGGAUAAGUCAUGGGGAUGUGAUGAGAAAGCUCAGCAAGGAUUUUAUUGCCAAAAAACAAAGUCAGGGUCUUUGAGGUUAUCUGAGAAUGUAUCUGUGUGAGAUGAGUCAUCUUUGGCUUCAUCUGUUAGUAAGGAGUUUUAGAAAGAUAUAUUUGAUGCUAUGAAGCUAUGAAUAUUAGAAUUUAAAUUCUUUGAAAAAAGCUUCCUGUUGUUAAUGAUGAUUGUCCUUCACCAAGGGUUCUGUUGCUAACCAUUUUGUGCUGAUACUCAAAAGUCCUUUGGAUCUACCUUGGGUCUUACUUAUGUACUAUUCUUAACAUGUAGAGCAAAAUGCAAACUUGUAGAACAAAAUGCAAAACAUGUAGAAUGGAAUGCAAACAUGUAGAACAAAAUGCAAAACAUGGAGAACAAAAUGUGAACAUGUAGAACAAAAUGCAAAAGAGAAAUGAGUUUUUGAGAGUGGCAGGUUGAGAGAAGGAGAAAGAUGCUGCAAAGAGAACAUGUUUUAAAGGCAGUACUUCAAAACCAAGGCUUAUGUCUGAUGGAACCUGUUACACCUACAUAGAAAUAAGAGAAAUGUGCUUCACGAAUUGAGUUGCUUUUGAUAUUGUAUGAAGUCAUCUGAGCCAAUGUAUUUGUUUAUAAAAUAAAAAAGAAGCCACAUAAGCAAUGUGAUUGUUCAUAGAAUAAAAAUAAAGUGUUUUCUGCAGUUCA